GAGGCGGGGGUGGGGGAAGGGCAGGAGGGCUUGGCGCUGCGCGCGGAGUAGUCUGGGAGAUGUAGUCUAUCCUGGAGGAAGAGAACGGGAGUGCGCAUGUUCAGAAGCGCGCAGCCGCUCUCGGUGCACUGAAGGGAAACUGGGAGUCCCUCCACCGCAAAGCCUCAGGAGGGGAUUGAGGAGGGAUGGGGACUGCGAUGAGGAGGGGUAGUGGAUUCUGGGAUUCCGGCUGCCCAGCUAAAUACCUAGAGCCCCGGCGGGGGUGCGAACACUCCCUGCAGGCGGGCCCUGUGCUGAUCAACGCGAGCUCGUCAAUCGCCACGGCGGCGACUGGUCACUUAGGCACCCUUAGAGCGGUGGUGCUCGCGGAGACUUCUGGGAAAUGUAUUUCCGGAACCUCCUCUACUUGCUUAGCUGCUAUUUCUGGCAGAGUUGACUCGGCACCCUGAGGCGCAGAGGUGUGACCCGCAGAGAUCAAACUGCUUCUAAGUUGAUGCUAUCCCUAUAAUAAAUUCAGAUUUUUCACGAAGUUCCAAUUGCAGAAAGUAUGUAGGGAGGGAAAGUCGGCCCUUUUACCAGUGAGGAAACUUCAGUUCACAUAGGCACAGAGGAGUCAGCAUCUCGAACCUUCCUUGCAGACUGUUGCUCCAGUGAUUUGGGGGCCGUUGAGGGUCCUCAGAAGUGCCCCUGUCACCUCGGAACCCCAGCUAAAUUAGAGAGGUGAAGAAAUGGAUCGUUGCUAAAUGUGAUGAGUUAGCUUCAGGUGUUGGAGAGGAAUCGUGGAAAGGCAGCUAGCUAUCUCUUUGAGGGCAAUGAGAGAAGAGCAAGUCCGAGACUGGAUAGAAAACAUUAACAGGACGGUAUUGGGAGUCGAAGAGGAGGCAGCAGUGGCAUGAAUGCCCGGAUAUAAGUAAAGCGGCAGCUGCUGGGAUGAAGCUGCUGCUAUAGAAAAGAAUAGAAUUUAGGAAAGAGAGAUUAAAAGAAUAGGAUUUAGGGAAGAGCCCACGCAGCAGCCUGUACAUAGAACAGGGGAACCUACCAGACAUUGCUUAGGCCCAGCUGUGGAGAUCAGCAAAGCAAGCUGCUCAGCUAGAGUUACACGGGUCUCUGGGGUGUGGCUGGCCUGUCACAGUACCUGUUCCCUCGCGUGUCCUCUGCAUGGAGAAGGUCUCAGGGUCAAACCAUACAGCGUACAGUAGGCACUCAGUCAGCAUUCACUGCCACUGUCUGUCAUUAUUCCAGAUGCCUCGUACUAUUCCUUCCCUAGGGACAGACACUGGCCUGAGACCUGAUCUGGUACUCCUGAUGAGACCCACUGUGCUGGGCUCCCCAGGCCGUGCACCCCCAGAAAAUGAGCCGGUUGUAGUGAAGCUGGAGGACUCUGAGGAGGAGGGAGAAGGCACUCUGUGGGACCCGGGCCCUGAGGCUGCACGUCUACGCUUCCGGUGCUUCCGAUACGAAGAGGCAAUUGGUCCUCAGGAAGCCCUGGCCCAGCUCCGAGAGCUGUGUCACCAGUGGCUUCGCCCAGAGGUACACUCCAAGGAGCAGAUGCUGGACCUCUUGGUGUUGGAACAGUUUCUAGGUGCACUGCCUCCUGAGAUCCAGACCCGUGUGCAAGGGCAGUGGCCGGGCAGCCCUGAAGAGGCUGCUGCCUUGGUUGACAGCCUUCAAUGGGAGCUGGAUGGGCCUCGGAAAUGGGUCACCGUCCAGGUCCAGGGAAAGGAGGUCCUAUCAGAAAAGAUGGAACCCUCCAGCUUCCAGCCUAUACCUCACAUCAAGCUCCAAACUCCAGAGCCUGGGGCUGAAACUCCCCCUGGCGUCAUGCAGGAAUUGCCGGUGGACCUUCAAAUGAAAGAGGAGACAGAGGUGAUGGAGAAUCCAGAGCUCCUGGAGUCUGGGCCUCCUCCUGCUGCCCAAGAGGCGACAGCUGCUCUCCUACCUAAGGAGGCCCAGGGUCAUGGGACAGCACUGGACCAGACCUCUCCUCACAGCGACACUGAGCCUGAUGUGCCCCCAUGGAGUGAGGACCCUGUGGCCCUGUGGCAUGAGGAAGUAGAGGGCAUCUUCUCACCAGGGUUUGCGCUGCAGAUGGACAGCAUCGCGGCAGAGUCAGAUACGGUGAGCCCCCACCUCCAUGUUCCCUGGGAUCUCGACAUGGCUAGCCUUUCUGGACAGAUGCAGUCCCCCUCCCGAGAAGGAGGCUUCGCCCAUGCCCUCGCACUCCCCAGCGACCCGGAAGGUGAACAGGACCUUGCCUGCGAGGAUCCCUGCCCCGGUGUGGGCCCAACACUGGUGGCGACUCGCUGGCACGCCCCAAAGGGCCGGAGCCGGGGCCGCCCUAGCACCGGGACCGGAGCGGUCCGAGGCGGCCGCUGCGACGUGUGUGGCAAGGUGUUCAGCCAGCGAAGCAAUCUGCUGCGGCACCAGAAGAUCCACACGGGCGAGCGACCGUUCGUGUGUGGCGAGUGCGGCCGCAGCUUCAGUCGCAGCUCUCACCUGCUGCGCCACCAGCUCACGCAUACUGAGGAACGGCCUUUCGUGUGCCGCGACUGUGGCCAGGGCUUCGUGCGCAGCGCGCGCCUGGAGGAGCACCGGCGGGUGCACACGGGUGAGCAGCCGUUCCGAUGUGCCGAGUGCGGCCAGAGCUUUCGGCAGCGCUCCAACCUGCUGCAGCACCAGCGCAUCCACGGCGACCCGCCCGGCCCUGCGCCCCCAACCCUGCCCCUCCCCGGAGUCCCCGAGCCCCCGGGCCCCUUCCCGUGCAGCGAGUGCUGUGAGAGCUUCCCACGACGCGCCGUGCUGCUGGAACACCAAGCGGUGCACACUGGGGACAAGUCCUUUGGGUGCGUGGAGUGCGGCGAGCGCUUCGGCCGCCGCUCGGUGCUGCUGCAGCACCGGCGCGUGCACAGCGGCGAACGGCCCUUCGCCUGCGCUGAGUGCGGCCAGAGCUUCCGGCAGCGUUCCAACCUCACCCAGCACCGGCGCAUCCACACCGGCGAGCGGCCCUUCGCCUGCGCCGAGUGCGGCAAAGCCUUCCGCCAGCGGCCCACGCUCACGCAGCACCUGCGUGUGCACACGGGCGAGAAGCCCUUCGCCUGCCCCGAGUGCGGCCAGCGCUUCAGCCAGCGACUCAAGCUCACGCGCCACCAGAGGACCCACACGGGCGAGAAGCCCUACCACUGCGGUGAGUGCGGCCUCGGCUUCACGCAGGUGUCUCGGCUCACUGAGCACCAGCGCAUCCACACCGGCGAGCGGCCCUUUGCUUGCCCCGAGUGCGGCCAGAGCUUCCGGCAGCAUGCCAACCUCACCCAGCACCGGCGCAUCCACACCGGCGAGCGGCCCUACGCGUGCCCUGAGUGUGGCAAAGCCUUCCGCCAGCGGCCCACGCUCACGCAGCACCUGCGCACCCACCGGCGCGAAAAGCCCUUCGCCUGCCAGGACUGCGGCCGCCGCUUCCACCAGAGCACCAAGCUCAUUCAGCACCAGCGCGUGCACAGCACUGAGUAGGUCAAAACACCUCACAAGGUUGUGAGGCUGGGCAUCGCCCAACAGGCCCGCCCGGGGCCUGGUCUUCAGUAGGUGCUCAAUAAAUAGUAGAUGAUGCCUCCCCGCCUGCACGGCUCCUCUACCCACCUUGCGGCUGUUUCAAUGUGGGCAUAUCCCCUACACACACAUCCUCCUGGAGAGGCCAUGCACCCACCCCAUUCGAGAGUUACCACUACCUACCACACCUGCUCUUUUGUGGGACAGACUCUGUACCAUACCUCUGGCUUAUACAGUAGGUAUGCCCAGCUCAGAUGGGCAAAGUAGUUACACUCACACACACACACAAAAAGACAGGGUUCUCUGCAUCUGCCCUGGUAAUUAUUCAGGGUCUAGUCAAGAGAGAGGUCAACCACGGCUGUGGUGGCCCACCUUUAAUCCCAGCACUCUGGGA